AUGAAGAAGGGCAUCUUUCACAGAGGCCCCCGCAAUGGGGCUACGAACACCCCUUCGCCCGCUCCUCCGAACCCCAAAAAGGACCUUCAACCUCCCCAGAUAAGUCCGCUGGAGAAGAGAUUACAGGAUAUGGGACCAAUCCGUGUAGAUGGAAGCGACAAGUUCUUUGGCAUGGAAAAUUAUGGAAACACUUGCUACUGCAAUUCCAUUCUCCAAUGCCUCUACUACUCGGUUCCGUUCCGCGAGGCGGUUAUCAACUACCCACAGCGCACUCCUCUCGAAAGCCUCGAGGCUGCGCUCGCUCAGAACUUGCGAUUCCCGAACCCGAAUGCGCACCUGGAAGCCGAGGCGCAAGCAGCGAAACAGAAGGCCACCGCACCCUCGGCGCGCCAAGCUGGUGUGACCCCCAAUCAACCACAGAAACCAGAAGACAAGGAAUCCCCGGAAUAUAAGAAGAAAAUCGCCUUACAGACCUUGCCGAUCCUCGAGGCAAAGAAUAACGCCACCAGCUAUGGCAUGUCGGAAUCACUCUUCACAUCGUUGAAAGACAUCUUCGAGUCCUUGGUAGGCAGUCAGUCUCGAAUUGGAAUUAUCCGCCCGCAGCAGUUCCUGGAUGUGCUGCGCCGCGAGCACGAAAUGUUCCGGACGGCCAUGCAUCAAGAUGCACAUGAGUUUUUGAAUCUUUUACUGAACGAGGUCGUGUCGAAUGUUGAAGCCGAGGCCACAAAACAGAGUUUCACAGAAAAGGCACUGCCACCGAGUGAGAGCGCAGACUCUUUGGGCCUGACUAGUAGCUCUGGGUCAAAAUCCCCGAAUACAACGAGAUGGGUUCAUGAAUUAUUUGAGGGGAUUUUGACGUCGGAAACCAAAUGUUUGACAUGCGAGAAAGUCUCCCAGCGAGAUGAGGUCUUCCUUGACCUUUCCGUGGAUCUCGAACAGCACUCGUCGGUCACAUCUUGCCUGCGCAAAUUCUCCGCGGAGGAAAUGCUAUGCGAGAGGAACAAGUUCCACUGCGACAAUUGCGGCGGUCUUCAGGAGGCCGAAAAGCGCAUGAAGAUCAAGCGUCUUCCUCGUGUAUUGGCUUUGCAUCUGAAACGCUUUAAAUAUACCGAGGAUUUGCAACGGUUGCAGAAGUUGUUUCAUCGUGUGGUCUACCCUUAUCAUCUCCGCCUGUUCAAUACCACCGAUGAUGCCGAGGAUCCGGAUCGACUUUACGAACUCUAUGCCGUUGUCGUUCACAUUGGAGGAGGUCCUUAUCAUGGCCACUAUGUUGCGAUCAUCAAAACAGAAGAUCGCGGCUGGUUGCUGUUUGACGAUGAACUGGUGGAGCCUGUAGACAAAAGUUAUGUUCGCAACUUCUUCGGCGACCGGCCAGGACUGGCCUGUGCAUACGUGCUCUUCUACCAGGAGACAACCUUAGAGGCUGUCCUCCGAGAACAGGCGGCAGAAGAUCAGGCAUCUUCUGCGGCUGCCGCAGAAUCUGGCGCCCAGCAGCCCAAUGGAAACCUGUUCCAUGUGCAUAGUGUACCCACGGACGAUGCGAAUCGAUUGACCCCAAUCCAUAAAAUCACCACGGCACCUGUGAGCCCCCCUCGCGCACUGAGCCCCAAGAAAAGUGACGUUCAGUCUCGAAAGGAGAAGGCUCGAGAGGAAAAGGAGCUGCGCGCAGCGCAAAAGGCCGCAGACAAAGCGGCCAAAGAGGAGCGCGAACAAUAUGAAAAGAUGGAAAGGAUUCGUCGCAAGGAGGCAGACCACCUGAGGCAAGCUCAGAUCAAACAAGAGGCCGCCGAUCUUGAAAAGGCUCUCAAGGACAGCAAACAAGCGAGUAAAGCUGCCGCUGUCGACAUCGGACCGGAGAAUGGAUCUCCUCGAGACUCGUCCAAAUUCAACAUAUUCAGACGUGGAAGUCGCAGCAUAAGCCACCGUCUUAGCAAGGACAAAGAGAAAGAACCACGAGUCUCGACCUCGGCAUCGGACGUUGCACCAACCCCAGUCCCUGAAGUGCCGGCUCAACAAAGCGAGCCAGUGUCCCUACCUGUCGUUACGAAGGACCCCUCGGAGCUCUCUAGUUCAUACACGUCGGUGCAGACAUUCCCACCGAUCCAGGAAAAUCCCUCCAACGAUAACCACGUUUACAAUGCCAACUCCAAGGCCAACGGAAGCCCCAGCCAUACCAAUCUCCCAUUUAUUUCUACCUCUCCUACCACCCUCAACAAUUCCAACAACAUCAACUUCCAUAGCCCCGUCUACAGCCCCAAUGGUAACGGCAGCAGCGAGAAAUCCGGCAAUGGCACUGGCAAUAGCAAUGGGCAUACAACUCGAUGGAGAUCGUUCAGCUUCAAAAAAUCAGCCGCGUCAUGA